CUUCAAAACUGCACAGGCCCACACCGCACGCCCACAUGCAGCUGUAGAGUACUAUACUCCUACGCUCCAUUCCAUCUUCCAUUCAACGCCGGCGGAAGCAAGGCCACAACCUAUAUAUUCCGUGUACUCGUCCACAACGCCGACGCCCACCCAAUCCAACCCCGCGGUCCAGCACCACCCCGUCAGCUCGCGGACUCACACGCACCGUGCGGCGACUACCGUACCUGCAGCCGCGCGCACAGCAAACCGAGGACGUCUUCAAUACUAGCGCGCAGGGAUGGUCACGCCGGUGUCCCGCUACCGCCUUCGCCCGCGGUCGGUGCGUGUGGCGGUGUCGGAGAUCCCGCUCGCCACGAGGCGGACGAGGCAGCCGCCGCAGCUCGUGCCGGGGGCGGCGGCGGCCGUGGCGACGGAGCCGGCGAUUCCGAGCAAUUUCCUGUGCCCGAUCUCGCUGGAGAUGAUGCGGGACCCCGUGACGGCGCCGACGGGGAUCACGUACGACCGUGACAGCGUGGAGGGGUGGCUGGAGCGCGGCCACUCCACGUGCCCCGUCACCGCCCGCCCGCUGCGCGCGGAGGACCUCAUCCCGAACCACGCCACCCGGCGGAUGAUCCAGGAGUGGUGCGUCGCCAACCGCGCCCUCGGGGUGGAGCGCGUGCCCACGCCCCGCGUCCCGCUCUCCGCCGCCGCCGCGGCCGAUCUCCUGGCCGCGGUGUCCGCCGCAGCGCGGCGAGGGGACGCGCCGGCGUGCCGCCAGCUGGCGGCCAGAGCCAGGGCGCUAGGGAAGGAGAGCGACCGCAACCGCCGGUGCCUCGCGGCGGCGGGAGCCGCCCGCGCGCUCUCUUCAGCGUUCUCACAGCUCGUUGGCCAGCCUGCGCUGGCGUCGUUGUUGACCGCGCUCGGCGGCGCGCUGGACGAGAUCUUGGCCGCGCUGGUCGUGUUCUUCCCGCUCGGAGAGGAGUCCAGGAGCCACAUUGCCUCCCCGGCGUCGCUGAACGCCGUCGUCUCGAUCCUGUCCCACGGCGAGACGACCGCGAAGGCCGGCGCCGCCGUCGUGCUCCGCGAGAUCGCGUCGUCGUCCGACCCCGAGUGCCUCGACGCCAUGUCCGAGACCGACGGAAUACACGACGCGCUCAUCAAGCUCCUGCAGAGGCCCGUGUCGGCGCAGGCCACCAAGGCCGCGAUGGUCACCGCCUACUACCUCGUCACGAACAGCGGCCUAGCAGCCAGCCGCCUGGUCGACCUCGGCAUGGUGGAGCUCCUGGUCGAGCUGCUGGUCGACGCCGACAAGGGCACGACGGAGAAGGCGCUCGCGGUGCUGGACAGCCUGCUGCUCACGGAGGAAGGCCGUGGGAAGGCGUGCGCGCACGCAUUGGCCGUGCCGGUGCUGGUCAAGAAGAUGCAGCACGUGUCCGACAUGGCAACCGAGUUCGCCGUGUCGGCGCUGUGGCGGCUGUGCAAGAGCUUCUCCGGCGAGGGUCCGUGCAAGGCCGAGGCGCUGCAGUUGGGCGCGUUCCAGAAGCUCCUCCUCCUGCUGCAGGUCGGCUGCAUGGGCGUGACCAAGGAGAGGGCUAGCGAGCUGCUCAGGCUCCUGAAUGCAUCGAGAGAUGGUGUCGAAUGCAUUGAGACGGUGGAUUUCAAGGGGCUCAAGAGACCCUUCUCAUGAAUAUUGUGCACAGACUACUAGACUAGGUUCUGAGAAUUAAGCUGUGGAUACAAUACAAGAUAUACUACACAGACACAGUUAGGUUAAUUUAGGAACUUUUCUUCUUUUUCUGGUUUUUUGGGGGUUACAAAUCUUUUUGCCCUCCCCUUGGUCAUGGGCUCAUGUCCAUUUUGCAGUAAUGUUCUGAAUGAAGAACCCUGCAAAAUCAAAUCAUACAGCCAAAAGAAUAAAGCAUUAUCGCUGCAAGUUUCUGA